AUGACGCUUCCCAAAGCACACUGCACUUUCGCCAUCCCCAGCAUCCACGAUGACUUGGAGCUCGACUGUCGAAUCUACUACCCGCGACGGACGGAGGGGAGCUCAAGAGUCUUCGGUCGGGGUUUCGCGAUCCUCGCACACCCAUAUGCGCCGCUGGGUGGGUGCUACGACGAUCCUGUGGUUGCGCUCGUCGGCGGCGUCCUGCUUCAGAGUGGCUAUUUCUUGACCACGUUCAACUUCAGAGGUGCUUCCGGCUCAGCAGGGCGGACGUCUUGGACAGGGAAGGCCGAAUUGGGCGACUACGUGUCGGUCUACGGGUUCCUGCUGUGCUACAUCGACGCCAUCUGCCGGCUACGACCUGGAGAGGAGGCACCCGUGGCAAAGCCCCCUACCUUGAUCCUAGGAGGUUAUUCGUAUGGUUCAAUGAUCGCAUCUCAUCUGCCGUCGAUGGAUGUCGUGGUCGACCUGUUCCACUCGCCCGCGUCAGGCUCGGCGGAAAGCGAAAUCAGACGCCGAGCCACGGACCUGUCGCAGGAUGCUCGUGCCUAUCUGGAAAUGCAUGCAGCUCCAGCGACGCUGACGGUACCGCGGGUGCGCGGUGCGGCGGGGGAACAGACCAGGAAGCCAAGUCCUGGUGUGAUCAUGGGCGGCUACGAGUCAGACGCCGCCAGUCGACGAGUCAGCCGGGAAAACUCGAGAAGGAGUAUUGACGGGGAGAGAAUCAGGCGGAGCAUUGACAAGAUUCGUCGCAAGAUUGGUUCUCAGCCCAGCAGUCCAACAAAGCCAUUAACAAAAGCUCCACCAACGGAAUCCACCCCGAUACUGCCAGAGAUCGCUUAUGUCCUCAUUUCCCCUAUCCUAUCGAUGGCUGCUGGGUUGACUACGAUGUUCUCGAAACUUCGAUUUACUCGGAAGGACCGCGAGAUUACCCCUCAUCCGGGAAGAGAGUUCCAUGAACUAACGGUGCAUCCGUGUUGCUGUUGUUAUGGGACUAGGGACAGCUUCACGCCCGCGGGCAAGUUGCAACGAUGGACCCAAGAGCUACAAUCGCAACCUGGAUCUCGGUUUGUUCCGGUCAGGGCAGACACUGGUCAUUUCUGGCACGAAGCAGAAGGGAUUGUUCGACUGCGGCAAGGUCUUGCCGAAUUCCUGGAGACCUUGGGACCACACAAUUCUGCUCCUGAGCAAAGUGGGGUCGCAGAGAUUGUCGAAGCCGCCUCUACCAGCUUGGAAGAGCAUCGGUGA